AUGCACGUGACCGCGCGUGAUGCGCUUAGCAAACGCGAGUAUUGCUCCACCGAGUCCAACCUUUCUACGCGUCAACCUUUACCUUGGCCGAAUCCCCAGCUCAAAGCGUGCGCAAUUGUCAACUAUACGCCCUCGCAUCCGCCUCCCUCCCUCCCGCACUCGCCCCAUCCUCCUAUCAAAGGCCACAGCAUCCUCUAUGCUGCCGCCUGGCCCGCUGCAGCGUCUCCCGCUACGUCCAGACCCCCUCAAACUACGACUUUGGUCUCAAACACCGCCUCAUCCAAUGCAGAACAAACAUUGAGCCGAUUGGACACCCGCCCCCACCGCUUUGAGCUCCUCAAAGGCUGCGUGUUCUACGAGAUGCCAAGGGAGAAAAACAUGGUGAAGGAAUGGGGGAGGACCGUGCUCGCGUUGAUCAGCAUGACUCUAGAUGCGGGGCAAGAUCUGUGA